AGUGAACAUUGUUCAUCAUUUUAUAAAAAUGACAAAUUAACAUUUGUUUUCUUUCAUGAUUCUAACAAUACAAUCAUUUUUAUCGAUGAAUCCAUACAUACAUUUUACAAAGAUGUCAAAAGUUCGCCAUCAUCUUCAAAAUCCUUCUGAUGUUUCAUUUCCAGACUAUGAGCAUCAAAAGUUAUUCGAACAGAUUCGCCGGACAUCAACACCAUGUCAUCGACAAUUACCAUCAUUACCAUAUCAUUAUCAUCAUCAACGAUCAACACCAUCUCCAUCGCCACCGACAUUGAUGAUAACCAAUAGUGGAGAUAUGAUUGACAAUCUUUGUGAUGUCACAUCAUCCAUAACACUUAUGAAAGAAAGGCCAUCAAUAGCAAUCGAUUCUCAAGAUUUGAAUCCAUAUUCAAAUGAUAAUGAAAAUUGCUAUCGUUUUUAUGAACAAAAACCUGACCAUACACAUUUUCGCCAAAGGGCAUCAUUCAACAGUGAUUGCCUAAUGAUACAGCCAUUAGAUCAAAGGAAUAUUUCAUUAAAUGAAUCAGAUGAAUCAUUCGUUAUUCCUCGGCGACAUAGCAGUGCAAUGACAACCGUUGUUUCAAAAACACCAUUUUGUAUAUCUAAUAAUAUACAUUGCACUAGAGAUCUAUCACCACGAUCCAAAUCAAAUAAUAAUAAUAACAAUAACCAAUGUCUUUCUCUCAAUGACGAUAUUAACCUUCGUAGACCAAGUAUGCCGACAACGUUUCAUUUUCUUCCGGUAAAUAAUGAAAGACGGCGACAAUCACAACAACAUACUAACAAUUUAACGACAACGGUCACAACGGCUACAUUAUCCACACCAUGUUCAUCACCAUUGAGACGAGAAAAUCAUGCACAAUCAUUAAUGUCCCAUAAGCGGCAAUCAUCACCAUCUUCAGAAACUAUUCUGAAAGGAAAUGAAACAUUUAAUCAGGAAUCAAUGAAUGUAGAACAAAUGACCAUUGAACGUCAACAAAUAGACGAACAGGAUAUUGAUGAAAUUGAUCAGAAUGAUUGUAAUAGACCAGUAACAAGUAUUAGCGUCGAUCGAAAUCAUGAUUUAUUGCAGAUACCGAGCAUACAUCAUGAAUCUGUCGAUCCAAACGAAAGCUCGGAUCAAUUAUCUGAAUACUGGCCAGAUGAAACGUGGUAUCUACAGGGUCAUCAUCAUUUACCUGUUCGUCGGCAUAGAUCAUUGCCUGCCACAUCAUUUACAUCGGCUCCAUUGUAUGGAAUAUCAUCUCGUGCUAAUCAACAACGGAGUUCUUCUUUUCGUGUUAGGAGUAACAAUCGCCUGGUUCAUCAGGAACCAAACGGCCGUUGGAGAAUCAAAGUGAAAAAAAGUAGACCAUUUCUUGGUAUUGCUAUCGAAGGUGGAUCGAACGUAUCCACUCAAUCACAACCAAGGAUUAUUAAUAUUCAGGAAGGCGGUGCCGCAGCGGAAAACCUACAUGUUGGUCAUAUUAUCUUAGAGGUGGAUGGACAAUCAACUCAGCUGAUGAACCAUGCACAAGUGGCACAAAUGAUCGCCCAUGCCUAUUACAAUACACCCGAAAAAGAUUACGUGGAAUUUCUCGUUCGAGAAAAAUCUCGAAAUGAAUUUGAUCUUCGACGAUCAUCAUUUAUGUUAUUAAAUAAUAGUUUUGAAUAAUCAAAACAUGGUUGUAAUUUUUUGAAACAUUUGUAA